GCGGGGCUGACAAAUGGAGAAGAGAAAGCCUAUGGUGGCUGUGAAGGCCCUGAUGCCAUGUAUGUCAAGUUGAUAUCUUCAGAUGGUCAUGAAUUUAUUGUAAAAAGAGAACAUGCAUUAACAUCAGGAACAAUAAAAGCCAUGUUGAGUGGCCCAGGUCAGGUUGCUGAGAACGAAACGAAUGAAGUCAAUUUUAGAGAGAUCCCUUCAUGUGUGCUAUCAAAAGUGUGCAUGUAUUUUACUUACAAGGUUCGCUACACUAGCAGCUCCACGGAGAUUCCUGAAUUCCCAAUUGCACCUGAAAUUGCACUGGAACUGCUGAUGGCUGCGAACUUCCUAGAUUGUUAAAUAAAAUAAAUUAUAAUAAACUGUUAACUAUUUCCAGUAUUUAAUACCUGUA